AUGGUCGCCCCAACUGGCCACGAGCAGCAGUACUACGAUCAGCUAUUUGCAGCUGUCAACAAGGAUAACACAGGUGUCCUCCCUGGAUCCGAGGCUCUCCCUUUGCUUACUGCAUCUGGACUCCCGCAACAGACACUCGGUGAAGUCUGGGCCAUUGCAGACCCGGACAACAAUGGCUUCAUCACCAAGGACGGGUGGUACAGAGCGGCCAGGGUCAUCGGUUGGCUGCAGAAGGGCAACCAAACCCAGGUCGAUGCUUCUCUGGUGAACAAGGCAGGUCCGUAUCCCACAUUUAGUGGCUACCCGGCACCACCCCAACAACCCCCCCUCGCCCAGACUCCGCUUUCAGCCAACACGACCGGCACCGGUGCCCUUCCCCCUUUGACGGCGGCCGACCGUACCAAGUUCACUCGCAUUUUCGUCGGCUGUGGGCCGUCCAAUGGCCUAGUCAGCGGUGACAAAGCCCGGGAUGUGUUCUUGAAGAGCAAGCUAAACUAUGACAAGUUGGGAUUGAUCUGGAAUCUUGCGGACACUCAGCAACGCGGCGCUCUCGACCUCCCAGACUUUAUCAUCGGCAUGUACCUCAUCCAGAGCUCCAUGGCGAAUCCGAGUCUUGCUCUCCCCAUGACUCUUCCCCCGGGAACGUAUGAGGCGGCAUCGGGUGGCCGACCACCUCCUGUCACCACGGGCGUUCAAGCCACACACACAGGCCCGACCAGCCCCAUUCAGCGUCAGCUCACCGGUACGCUGCAGCCUCAAAUCACGGGCCAAAGCUAUACCCCCCCUAUCGCCACCCCACCUAGGUCAUCAACGAUCACACCUUCACGCCAGUCAACGAGCGCUAUGGCGUUUGCCUUGCCCACUCAGAACACGGGAGGUGUUCCUUGGGAUGUCACCCCCGAGGCCAAGGCAACCUCCGAUCGCUUCUUCGCUCAGCUUGACACUCAGAACAAGGGUGUUAUCGAGGGUGACGUCGCAGUGCCAUUCAUGCUCCAGAGUCAGCUGGAUGAGGGCUCUCUGGCGAGCAUCUGGGAUCUGGCAGACAUUCGCCAGGAGGGCAAGCUUGACCGCAGCGAGUUUGCCGUGGCCAUGCACCUCAUCAACAGCAAACUGUCUGGCAAGGAGCUGCCCACGACUGUCCCUCACAGCUUGAUUCCCCCCCACCUUCGGUCGCAGGCCGUCGGUGCUCCAUCGGCACCUCCAACUGCUUCAAAGGACUUGUUCGAUCUCUUCGACGAUGCUCCUGAGCAAGCCAGUGCCCCUCAGCCGUUCUUGCCCCAGCCUCCGUCGAGGCGCACUACCGUUCAGGAAUCUGCGCCAGUCUUCCAGCGUCAGCAGUCCGUGUUUGCCACUACUCCUCAACCUGCUGCUGAUCUCCUUGGUGACGAGACGAGUGCCGCCCCCACCUCGGUUCUGGACAGAUCGGCUGAAAUUGGCAACAAGAAGAACCAGCUGGAGAACACAACCCGGUCUGUUCACGAGCUGGAAACAUCGAGGGCCGAGCUGGAGCAAAAUGCCGCUGCCUCCGCCUCGCAACUUGCGGCCCUCGAGGCUGAGCUGGCAACUGCUCGUUCUAGGCACGAGGCCGAAUCCAAGACUGUUUCCGAUCUCCGUGUUCGCGUCGGAGAGCAGGCUGUUUCCCUCAAGCAACUCCAAGCGGAUGUUAUUUCGGCUGAAAGUGACCUCACCGCGAUGAGGCUUGAGAAGGACGAGUUGGAGCAGGCGCUCCUCAGCGACAAGGAGGAAGUGCGAGGUCUUCAGAGGCGCAUGAAGGAGCUUGAGGACGAGAAAACUGGCCUGAAGCUUCUUCUCGAGAAGUUUAAAAAGGACGCGAGGCAGCAGAAAGGCAUGGUCACCAUUGCCAAAAAGCAGCUGUCCACUGCCGAAGGAUCUCGCGAUGCGGUCCAGCAGGAGGUACGCGACACCGAGAAGGCUAUCGAGGGUGACGAUGCGUUUGGUGUUACUCAGACGUCCGCCAUUGACAGUGCAUCGUUCCCCGCGCCUGCCGGUGUCCCGCUUCCCCGCACUCCUCAAACCCUGAGCCCCGAAGCAACAGGCGCGUCGCAGAGAUCCAACAACCCCUUUGACCGCUUUAACAAGUCGCCUAUCCAACGUCAAGUCUCCAGUACGCCAGACCACUCCCACUCCGCAGCUGCUGUUGCCCUCGGGGGGGCUGGCGUCGCCGCCGGUGUUGCGGCUGGUGUCUUUGCCCUUGGGUCUGAAGACCAUGAAUCGGCAACCUCCGAAAUGCAGCCAACUGCUGCCGUUUCAGCAGGCAACGAUCUCGCGCACGACAGUGGUGCCGCCAUUGCUGGCGAUGGCAACGCGGCCAUCGACGUUGACCCCUUUGGCAUUCCAGUCACCGACUCUUCUAACAAUGUGCCGUCCACGAUGCAGGAAGACGAUCCCUUCGGCCAAGCCACACCCGAGGUUGCACAGCGCAGCGUGGGUGGUUCUGGCUUUGAUGACUCUGGUUUUGGUGAUUCAUUCCACACUGCUGUCGAGCAGCCUUCGGCUGGUGAAGCAACAGAUUUCGACACUGCAUUUGCCGACUUUGACGACAACUCUGAAGGUCCUACUACUCAGAACAAUGAUAUCCACGCGACCAGUGUUGUCUCGUCUCUGCAGGAUAUGCCCGAACUCCCAAUCCCAUCUGGAAUUUCCCCCGCGCUCGUUACCGACCUCCGUCCUGACACUGAGCGUACCGCAUCGACGCAGGACAUUGCCCCGUCCAGCAGCCCUGCCACUCCGUCUGUUGAACCCACUGGCGAGGCCGUUGCCGUUGCUCCGGCGUCGAAGGUUGACGAGGACGACAACGAGUCGUCGGAUGAGGACGAGGGCCCCGAAGACGUUGAUGGCCCCAGGCCCGACUAUGGCAGCCGUCAGGUCACCCCUCCUGAGCAGGGUCUGCCCUCAGCCAUUGCUCCUGUUGUCACUUCUACCUCCCCCGAGGUCACCACAUUGCCCACCGAUGACCACAAGGUCCGUCGCAGUGCGCCCCCGCCCCCUGUAGCCCGUGGAUCGGCUGGAUCUGGACUGGCGUCACCGACCAAGAUUCCUACCCCUGCAUCCCCGGGCCUCUCGGUUCCGUCGACGACAUCCCCCGCUCUCGACCCGUUUGGAGCAUCUGGUCCUUUAUCGACCGACCCGUUCGGUGCCCCGGCUCCUACCCCGCCGCUUCCGGCUCCCGUGUCGUCUACUGACGAUCACAACGCGCCUGUUGUUCCGGUUCUGCCGUCUACCGGUGCGACUGCUACCUCGGCUCCUUCAUCGACUACGGACCCGUUCGGCGCACCUGCUCCUUCGGCUCCUUUGGCGUCCAUCGACCCUUUCGGAGCCCCGGCUCCUUCCGCUGUGCCCACCAUCGACGCGUUCGGUGUUUCGAUUGCGCCCACUCAGCCAUCGACUGGUGCAGCUUUCGACCCAUUCGGUGCUGCCGUAGGUGGGACGAGCCCGCCAUCUCAACCUCCUUCUGCCCCCUCUGCUAGUGAGGCUCAUGAUCCGUUUGGCGUCCCGUUCACGGCUGCUGUCCCUACCGUGCACGCCCUCCCUAAGAUGUCGCAGUUUGACGACGAGGAUGAGUUUGACUUCUCUGACCUUCCGCCUACAAAGACCACUGCGGCGCCGAAGGCAGCCAACCCGAACAGUGCCUUUGACGACGAGUUUGCUAGCUUUGAUGACGAGUUUGAAAACCCGACCCACUCGAGCUCCGAUAACUCCAACUCCCUCAUUCAAACCUACGAGGUUGUGUCUCCGAAGGUCGGCAAGGAGUCUGUCCAGGAACAGGGCCGUGGAGCAGAUGAGUGGGGAGUCGGCUCCACCACGGCUCCUGCGGCGGGCCAAUCCAACACUCUGUCCUUUGAUGACGCCUUUGGUGGCGACUUUGAGCCGACCUCGAACGCCGUGGCCAACGCUCCACCCCUUCCAGAGCGCCCGGACCUUCCCCAGGCUGACGACCUCGAGGAUGUGAAGAAGCUUUGCUCCAUGGGCUUCCCGCGUGGCUUAGUGGUGGAUGCCCUGGACGCAAACGGGUAUGACUUCCAGAAGGCCCUCAAUGUUCUCCUCGACAAGUGA